AUGGCCGGGAGGGGUGGUGGCACCGGCACCUCCCCGCCGCCGGGGCAGGGGGUGUGGGCUGAGAGGCGGCGGAGGCAGCAGCCUCAGCCACAGCAUGCGCUUGCCGGCCUCGGUCCCGUGGCUGCCCCGUGGCGGCCGCGAAGUGCAGAGCGGCCGCAGCGAGCGGUCUGGAUGGAGUCGGCCCUGCGCCGCUGCCCCGCUGGGCGGCCCGGAUGCACGCGGCGGUGGCGCUGGCGGCGGUGGGCGCUGGCGGCCGGGCUGCUGGGCGCCGCCGCCGCCUUGUCCCUCUACGUCAGCUUACCGGAGCCGGCGGCAGCGCGGCGGGCAGCUGCGAGCAGCCGGGUGGGGGGCGACGUGAAUGUGCUGCUGUGGUGGGAGCCUUUCGGCCGCCCGCGGCGCAUGGCCGACUGCCGUCGCCGCUACAACAUCACAGGUUGCCGCCUCAGUGCCGAUCGGAGCCGCUACGGCGAGGCUCAGGCCGUACUCUUUCACCACCGGGACCUCGCGGUGCACGGCGCCGAGGAUCUGCCCCGAGGGCCGCCGCCGCGGCCACCACGGCAGCUCUGGGUGUGGAUGAACUUCGAGUCGCCCUCGCACUCGCCCGGCCUUCGGGGGCUGGCCGGCCUUUUCAACUGGACCAUGACCUACCGGCGGGACUCGGACGUCUUCGUGCCCUACGGGUACCUGUACUCGCCGCCGGCACCCCGGCCCUUCGUCCUACCCCGCAAGACGCGGCUUGUGGCCUGGGUCAUCAGCAACUGGAACGAGGAGCACGCCCGGGUGCGCUAUUACCGCCAGCUGAAGGAGCACCUCGCCAUCGACGUGUACGGGGCGCGGGGGCUGUCGCUGGCCCAGGGCGGCGUGGUGGAGACCGUCUCAGCCUACAAGUUCUACCUGGCCUUCGAGAACUCCCAGCACACGGACUACAUCACUGAGAAACUCUGGAGAAAUGCCUUCGCCGCUAGCGCCGUACCCGUCGUCCUCGGACCUCGCAGAGCCAACUACGAGCGCUUCAUCCCUGCCGAUUCUUUCAUCCACGUCGACGAUUUCCCCAGCCCCCAGCUGCUGGCCACCUACCUGAAAUUCCUCGACAAAAAUAAACCAAACUACAGGAGGUAUUUCGCCUGGAGGAAGAAGUACGACGUCCACGUCACCUCGUUCUGGGAUGAGCAUUUCUGCAAGGUUUGCGAGGCUGUGAGGACAGCCGGGAAUCAAAUGAAGACUGUACGAAAUCUGGCCAGCUGGUUUGAAAGCUGA